AUGCCCAAGUUCCCCAGUCUACAGCAGGACAUCCUCCUGCCACGCGACAUCACCACAUGGCAAUGGCUGUUCGAAAGCCCGACCUGCUCACCCCUCCGACGAUACCCCGAGAAAGAGCUGGGCGGCUUCACAGAUGUCGUGGCCAAGGAAACGUUGAACUGGAAGCAAGUCAAAGAGAACGCCACAUACCUGUCGGCCGCACUGGUCAAGAAGUACGGCCUCAAAGAGACGGAGACAGUAGCGCUCUUUAGCGCCAAUACAGUAUGGUACCCAGUCGCCAUGCACGCGACACUGCGUGUUGGUGGCAGAGUCUCCGGAGCCAGUCUAGCAUACAAUGAGGAAGAGAUGACCUAUGCGCUCCAGAAAGCAGAUGCCAAGUUCUUGAUGACACACCCGCACAGUAUGGAUGUCGCCAUCAACUCCGCAAAAGCCGUUGGCCUGCCACAGGAGAACAUCUUCCUCCUGGAAGGCGAGCUCAAGGGCUUCAAGAACAUCAAGACUCUUAUUGAGGAAGGCAAGCAACUCGGCGAGCAAGUCCCAGUUUGCUCCAUUCCAAAGGGCAAGACGAACUUCGACAUUUGCGGCUUUCUAUCGUUCUCGUCGGGAACUACUGGUCUACCCAAGGCUGUCAUGAUCGCCCACCAAAAUGUCAUCGCUCAAUGCCUCCAGAUCAUGCCAAUCACGCCCUCCGAUCACAAACGCAUCCUGGCCCUCCUCCCCUCCUUCCACAUCACUGGCCUUGUCCACGUCCUCCACCUCCCUCUCCUCAUCAACGCAUCCGUCUACUGCCUCCCUCAAUCCACCAUGAAACUCAUGCUCGACGCAAUCGUUGAGUACAAGAUCCCCGAACUCCUCCUAGUCCCUCCACUCAUCAUUCGAUUGGUCCGAGAUCCAUUGGUAGAGCAAUACGACCUCUCCUUUGUCAGGCGCUUCUCCUCCGGCGCAGCACCCAUGUCCGAUGAAAUCAUCCAGCUCCUGCAGAAGAAGUUCCCAAACACAGGCUUCAAGCAAGGUUACGGCAUGACGGAAUCCUGUUCCUGCAUCGCAACACACCCUCCCUGGCUCUACGACUUCUCCUACGCCAAGACCGUCGGCACCGUCUGCGCCAGCACCACCGUCAAGAUCAUCAAGGAAGACGGCAACGAAGCGGAGAUCGGCGAGCCUGGGGAGAUCUGUGCCAAAGGACCACAGAUCGUGAUGGGAUACCUCAACAAUCCCGAAGCAACCAAGGAGACCUUCGACGAGGAAGGAUACCUCCACACCGGCGACCAAGGCAGCAUCGACUCCCACGGCAUCAUCACCAUCCUCGACCGCAUCAAAGAACUCAUCAAAGUCCGUGGCAUCGGCGUCGCGCCCGCUGAACUCGAAGAUUUGUUGUUGGGCCACGAGGAAGUCGAAGACGUCGCCGUCAUGGCAAUCCAAGACGACUACUCGGGUGAAGUCCCCAAGGCGUACAUUGUCCCCAAACCAGGGCAAGAGCCUGGGCAGGCGCUGGGGAGGGAGUUGUUGGCGUUUGUGAAGAGUAAGAAGGUGAGGUAUAAGGCUGUUAAGGAGGUGGAGUUUAUUAAGGAGAUUCCGAAAUCAGGGUCGGGAAAGAUAUUGCGGAGGAUGUUGAGGGAUCAGCAUAGGAAGGGGGCGCAGGGGGUUGUGGUUAGGGAGGAGAGUAUGGGGUGGUGGGGAAGAGGAGUGGGUUGGUUAGACGUGUAG